ACCACUGAGCAUGUGUAUCUAACAACCCUAGACCUAAACGCACCGAACUCUCUCUCUCUCUCUCUCCCAAAACCUCCAAGUCCAAAGUAUCCGAAUCGGUGUUCUUUCUUUCUUUCCAUCUCUUCCACUUCACAUAUGGAGUUGAUUAGAAAGAUAAUGGUCGUGGAGAUUAUGUAAAGACAGCUGUCUUUUUUUAUUUGUGAUAGCUGCAGUAGACAAAAGACUCGUUUCUCUAGCUAAGUAACUCUCAAAUGGAUGAUGGUCGACACAAAGCACCUCAGGGCCAGCAGUGGAUGAUGCAGCAUCAGCAGCAGCAUCAGCCGUCGAUGAAACAAGUGAUGUCGAUAAUAGCAGAGCGCGACGCAGCGAUCCAGGAGAGGAACCUAGCUGUAUCUGAGAGAAAAUCAGCUGUAGCUGAGCGAGACAUGGCGUUUCUCCAGCGAGACACUGCCAUCGCUGAGCGCAACAACGCCAUCAUGGAGAGAGACAGUGCUCUCACAGCGUUACAGUACCGUGACAACUCAAUGGCUACUUCACGCCAGCACCAACCGCACAUUCAUCAUCAACAUCACAUGCUUCAGUUAACUGAAAAUAAUGCAUAUGAGACCAGAGAAAUUGGGACAUCACCACCACCUACUACUGGAUCCGCCUUGGCAUCUGCAAAGCCAAAACGCGGUAGAAAAGUGAAAGAACCAAAGGCAGCUGCUAAUAAGAGAGGGCCAAAGACUCAGAGGAAGGUUAAGAAAGAGAACGAGGACGACUUAAGCAAGAUAAUGUCCCUUGACUACAGCGAAGAAGAAGAAGAAGCAGCAGGUUCUAAAUCGGAUUGGAAAAGCCAAGAGAUGAUGGUGGGGCUUAACCAGGUUGUUUACGACGAGACAACAAUGCCUCCACCUGUCUGCUCAUGCACAGGAGUUCUCAGACAAUGCUACAAAUGGGGAAACGGAGGUUGGCAGUCAUCGUGUUGCACAACCACACUGUCAAUGCAUCCGUUACCAGCUCUGCCCAACAAAAAGCAUGCCAGAGUUGGUGGAAGGAAGAUGAGUGGGAGCGCCUUCAAUAAGCUUCUAAGCCGGCUUGCUGCGGAAGGGCACCAUGAUCUCUCAAGCCCUGUUGAUCUGAAGGACCGUUGGGCAAAGCACGGUACCAACCGUUAUAUUACGAUCAAAUGAUGUGUUGUAUUUAGGUGUCAGUUGUUUUAUGACACCACCUCUGAUCUUUAAAUUAUAUGUACUAAACAAACUCAAGAGGAAAAGAUUGUAAUGUGGAUUGUAUUUAUAUAUUAGGAAAAGUAACCUUAGUAAUGA